AUGAAGCCCCCAAAUGUGUCCAGUGUCACUGAGUUUCAGUUGCUAGGAUUCCAGAACCUUCUUGAAUGGCAGACAUUGCUCUUUGCCAUCUUCCUGUUCAUCUACUUUCUCACAGUCACAGGUAAUGUUGUCAUUAUUGCAGUGGUGAGCCAGGACCAGCGACUGCACUCACCCAUGUAUGUAUUUCUCAAACAACUCUCCUUUCUGGAUAUCUGGUAUACAUCCACCAUUGUGCCCCUUCUCCUAGCCAACCUGUUCUCCCACGGCCAAGCCAUCUCUUUCCCUGCCUGUAUGGCACAGCUUUACUUCUUCGUGUUCUUUGGGGCUACUGAGUGCUUUCUUCUGGCCAUGAUGGCCUAUGACCAAUAUCUGGCCAUCUGCAGCCCACUCCACUACUCUUUCCUGAUGAGUCCUGAGACCUGCACCGAGUUGGUGGCAAUCUCUUGGUUAACAGGUGUUGGCACAGGAUUUCUGCCCUCCCUAAUGAUCUCCAAGUUGGAUUUCUGUGGUCCUAACCAGAUCAAUCACUUCUUCUGUGACCUCCCUCCCCUCAUGCGGCUCUCGUGUUCCAGUGUGUAUAUCACCAGGAUGGUCAUCUUUAUCCUGUCUAUUGCAGUGCUGUGCAUUUGCUUUCUUCUUACACUUGUGUCCUAUGUUUUCAUUAUAUCUACCAUAUUGAGAAUUCCUUCAGCCUCUGGCCAGAUGAAGACCUUUUCCACAUGUGGCUCCCAUUUGGCUGUUGUCACUAUCUACUAUGGGACCAUGAUCUCCAUGUAUGUUCACCCCAAUGACCACCUGUCACCUGAAAUCAACAAGAUCAUUUCUGUCUUCUACACUGUGGUCACCCCACUGCUGAACCCUGUUAUCUAUAGCUUGAGGAACCAAGAAUUCAAAGAGGCUGUUAGAAAAGUCAUGAGAAAAAAGUGUGGUAUCUAUGGAGUAAGAGUGAAGGGGAGUUUCUUUGUUAGAUGGUCACAGAAGGCUGACAUCGGUUACCUGCUGCAGUUCGAGUGCACAAUGCGAGGAGAUGGAAACCAGCAGGAGGCAAAGACGGGGCGGGAGCACCUCUCCGCCACCUUUUCUGUAAAACCAAACAGGCUCACGCUCCCGUUCCAGCUCCCUCCAGCACCAGCCAUCCCACCCGUUUCCUGUGCAGUCUAUUUGUGCGCAUGCGCCCCGAACCUACCGCGCUCUGGCCGCCAGGCUCCAGGGGCGAGCACUGUGUCGGCGGCCUUUGCGCAAGCGCUCCCGCCUCCUGUCGUGUCCCAGAACAUAGAGCAGCGUACGGACGUGGUGCGGGUGGUGUCCGCGCAUGCGCUCUCCCCGUCCGUCCGCGAAGGGCUACCCUUUGCCUGA